GAGUUGACAGUGACAGCAGCACGCUUGCGCAGUAUGUCCACUGGCUCAGAGUCGGUGCUGAAGUUGGGCGGAUGGAAGAAAAACACCGCCGAUGGAGAUUAUAAGGCAGGAUGCAUCUUUACUGUGCGAUUUAACAAGCAUCAACAUAAAACACGUAUAAAUGAACCACUACAGAAUACUGACAACCAGAAUUAAAAGGAUGGUAUAUUUUUGCUCCCCUUGCACGCAACACUGCAAAUGGUCCACCCACUGAGUCCCUGAGCUCUGCUGAGACCCAGGGCGGAGACUGCUGUCCUCCUCCUCCCUCCUCACCACCUGGCCCUCCAUCAGUGAUGGUGAGAACAACGAUACUGCUCUGUAGACACACCCUAGUGCUUUACUUCUGAACCCACCCAAGUUCAACCAACCACUUACCUCAGCGCCAUGACUCUCCUGCCGUGUCUGUCUGUGGAAACAACUGACUAAUUAUCAUGCCCCGAAGUUUAAGCGGAGUUGACAUGAGAAAACGGCAGCAGCCACACAUUGAAGGACGUCCCCAGGCGCCUGGCCACCCACGACCCAACAACUGCUGCAUGUGCUGGUGUGGUUGUUGUAAAUGCCUCUGGAAUGAGGACCGCAUGGAGGGUUCCGAACGGACAUGCACUAAAAUGGAUAGUAUUGAAGCCACGGAAGAGCAGCAACCCACUCUAGACGAGGUGGUGGCCUGGGCCCGUAGCUUCGAGCUGGUGAUGCGCUCCUCAGAAGGCAGGGAGAUUUUCAGAGAAUUUCUGCGCUCUGAGUACAGCGAAGAGAACCUGUUGUUCUGGCUGGCCUGUGAGGAGCUGAAGAAGGAGACGGACCCGACAGCGAUCGAUGAGAAAGCCAGAAUCAUCUAUGAGGACUACGUCUCCAUUCUAUCACCGAAAGAGGUGAGCCUAGAUUCACGGGUGAGGGAAGGCAUCAACCUGAGCCUGGCGGAGCCUAACAACGUGAUGUACGAGGAAGCCCAGCUGCAGAUCUACACCCUGAUGCACAGAGACUCCUACCCCCGUUUCCUCAACUCCUCUGUUUACAGAGACCUUCUGGACAGCAAGAGAAGCUCCUGCCUAGACACCUAAAGUAACCCACCCCCCAACAAACAAAACAGAAAGACAAUCAGGUGCCAGAACGGGGUUAGAUAUUUUCCUUUUUUGAAAACCAGAAAAUAAUGAAUAGUUUAAGCAAUUUCAAUUGUCUGCUCGCAGGUGGCCCUGAGGGUUAGUUCCUGGUUUAACUGCAGAUAAGAGCUCCUCAGGCUACUGUUACAAAGACAAACAAAAGGAAGGGUAGACCCAUUGUUCCUGUACUGUACUUUUGAGAGUUCUCCUUUUGCUCGGUCUCUUUCAUUCUCUCUCUUGGUCUCUAUUUUUCUCUCUCAAAUUCUGUCCCAUGCCUCAGACUUUUUACAGUACAAAAACAAUGCCCUUUUUAAGAUAGCUGUAGAGUUGACUGUGGUGAGCAGGAAAAUCACUGACUUUGCAUGUGACACGGUAAUGGAAUUAACUCUACACUGGCUUGGUAUGUUAGCAGUGGACAGCAAAGGUUCUUGAAUAUGAGAUGUAUUUUCUUCUGUCCUAGGGAUUUCCCUGUCAAGCUCUUGAUGUUUUAUGUGAAGGGAAUAUCGAUAUUUGCCAAUUAGCUUGCAGUUGUUGAUUUUGAGAAGGUUGAAAGUUUUACAGCAGUGUUAGUUUCCAAGCACCUUCCUUCUUUACAACUCUAAAAGAGAAGGAGGCCUGGAAUUGUGGUCGGGCAGCUAAAUAUCUAAUGAACAUGACUUUCCACGGGAAAUCACAAUGCCUUGACAAGAAAAAGGCGGCACAAGCGCUGCUUGUUAUGGUAACAACCACAGUUUAGUAAACACAGUACAGUUCUACCUGUCUUUCCCUCACCAUCUCAACCUAAGAGAAGCACAGGUUAUGUCAGAGGUUGGAAUCAUUGCUGGAGAAAAAAAAAAAAUCAAACAUUCAAUUAGUUUCAGACAAUAAAUCAUGAAUACUUUCAAGCUCUCAAAUGAAAGAGAACUGUAAACUUUUUCAUUUUUCUACUGCAUAUAAUAUAAAUGGUAGUAAUCAAGCCUUGGUUUGGAAGGUCAAGUAUGAGAUGGCGGUAUGUCUGAUGCAUCCAUGAGGUCUAAGAGGGGUCUGCAUUGCAGAGACAUGGAAUUAGGAAGUAUGCCUAUGUGGCUUCUGGUUUUAAAGCUGUAGCUAGUUCUAGACUGAAGGGGGUCAGUGCCAGCUAAGGAACAGCCCAGCUGAGAGCAGAAGAGGCCUGGUGGAAUCGUGUUUUCUAUGGAGGUGGUUUGGAGGUUUACAGUCCUGUUCACCAGAUGUGUGUGUGUCUGUCUUUAAAGGGGCAAUCAGCAAUUGCUACAUUCAUUUUUGGACUUAAAUUAAUAAUAAAUUAAUGAUCAUUGAUUCUUGAAGAAUAUAAUUUAUAAAUGCCUCAUAGCUUAGUUCAACUGUUGUCCACCAUCAAUACCCAAAAUAGAAGCUUGUUUUACUCCAAUGUUUGUAAACAAUGUAAACAAACACUGUAUAGCCUCCAAACAUGGUUCAUAGAGCCUCAAACAUGGUUCAAACUGUCAUGUUGGUAUCAUGCAUGGUCAGUCCUUGCAUCUAUUGUUCUUGUUUAUAAAUUUGAGUGGUUAAAUUUAUCCAGCCCAAUCCCUCAGCUUUUUACGAAACGGGUGAGGAGAACACUUUGCUAUUUUGUUUCUACUGCUGAUUGUCCAUUUCAGCCUGGCUAGCGAGGUGCCAGUAAGAUGCUUGGAACAUCACUGAGCCCCAUGCCUUUAACAGUCUCUCUGCUUCCCAGGGAUGGCCAAGGGAGGUGAAUAGAGACUUGAGACAAUUUGUUAUUUUUCCUAAAAUUGCCGGCAUGCAUUAAUGUGUGUACCUGCCGUCCAGAUACACACGUAUCAAACAUUUUAAAUAUGGUAAAGGUAGACUCAGCGAAAUGACAUCGCCACCGUAGAUAUUGCAAUGAGCGAGAUGCAAGAUGUUCUCCUACACAGUCACACACAGUAUCUGUGCAUGUGCAUGGGUUCAGUUCCCGCUCUUAUAGCGUGGUAGCCAGGGGACCAAAACAGUGGGGAAGUUGAGCCUCGCGCUUCAAUGCUCUUAGUUGUUGUGGAAAUUGACCCACUAUGCUGUUUACUUUCUGUGUCGACAUCAUAUCGCUGAGUCUACCUUUUAAUGUCCCAUGAACAUAUACUGUAGGUCUAAAAUAUAUAGUACCAGUCAAAAGUUUG